GGGCCACGGGCUCGCGGCGGCACCAGGCUUUGUGUGUGUGUGUGUAUGUGUGCGAGUGUGUGUGUGAGUGUCUGUGUGUGUGAGUGAGUGAGCGGGCGGGCGGGCGCGAGUGUGGCCGCCGCGGAGCGCGAGCAGGACCCGGCGGGCGCGCUCCCCCAGCCUCUCUCUCCCCGCCAGAACCAUGUCGGGCAGGUCGGUUCGAGCCGAGACCAGGAGCCGGGCCAAAGAUGAUAUCAAGAGGGUCAUGGCGGCUAUCGAGAAAGUGCGCAAAUGGGAGAAGAAGUGGGUGACAGUGGGUGACACGUCCCUGCGAAUCUACAAGUGGGUCCCUGUGACGGAGCCAAAGGUUGACGAUAAAAACAAGAACAAGAAAAAGGGGAAAGAUGAGAAGUGUGGCUCCGAGGUGACCACUCCGGAGAACAGCUCCUCCCCGGGCAUGAUGGACAUGCACGAUGAUAACAGCAACCAGAGCUCCAUCGCAGACGCGUCCCCCAUCAAACAGGAGAACAGCAGCAACUCCAGCCCCGCUCCCGAGCCCAGCGUGGCUGUGCCCGGCGACGGCGCUGACGCUAAGGUGGACGAGGCCCAGGCCGAUGGGAAGGAGCUCCCCGGGGCCGAAGAUGCUUCUGACGAGCAGAAUUCACAGUCCUCAAUGGAGAACUCGGUGAACAGUUCGGAGCAAGUAGAACGGCAGCCGUCUGGGGACUCGGGUCUGGCUGCAGAGACGUCCACAAUCUCUCAGGAUUUGGAAGGAGUGCCACCCUCCAAAAAGAUGAAACUGGAGGCUUCGCAACAAAACUCUGAGGAGAUGUAGACGCCGAGCUCAGCCCUCUGUCCCCGUCUCACAGGAGGCGUGUCAGCAGGCUUAACUCUAAAACAACAUCACCCGAGCGGAUCCCUGUCGGGUGCGAAGGGAACUACUAACUUUUCAAGUUUACCAAGUGCGAAUCCAAGAAAACCUAGAGCGGCGUAACUUCUCAGACACUGAAGAACUCUCUGCUGUGAAGUGAAACACUCGAAUCUUGAAGUGACUGUCCUGGGGAAAGCGGGGUGACAGCUCAGGAGCGUCUGCACACUGUCUCUGAAGCCAAGAUUACAUUUGUGUUGCUGCUGUAUUUUUUUUUUUCCCCACUUCUCUAUUUAACGAUAUAAGCUAUUUGAGGGUGGUACCAAUCAGGAAUUCACUUUUUCGUCGGGGCUUUUCACUGUUCAACUGAUUCCUUCCGCUUUCUUUUUUUGUGCCUUGUGCCCUUGAGGUGACCUCUGGCAUGUUUUCCUGGUUGUUUUGCAUCUCCCCUUGCAAAGUGCCCUCUUGGUUCAGUUCGGGCAGCCAUUGCCCCGGUCCUUGCAUCUCUCUCCUCCCUGUCCCAGGACUUCAGCAUCAGGAGCGGACCAGGCAGGGAGAAGGAGAGCUCGAGGCUGCAGAAGAGCAGGACCUCCCCAGCCACCUGAUUUCUAGGUUCAGGGGUCUCAGGGGCACGCCCAGAGCCCCAGGAAGGGGCAGCACCAGCCUCCAGGGUCUGAGGAGUCACCGGUGUCAGGGCGACUGUCCCCAAGAGCUUCCUCGGGGCGUCUGAGGUUGAGGUUUCCAAGCCCACAGCGGCCCAGCGGACACACACAGACCUUCUAUUGUUCUGGCACUUCCACCCUCUGCCCCCAUCACACCACUUCUCCCACCUCUCCUGAGACAGACGGAAUGGCUUCUGUGGCUGACUGCAGGGUUGUCUCUGUUAGAGGCGGAGGAGGCAGGGAGCAGAUGGCAGGAAUGGCUGGUGCUGAACUUUCUCUCAUAGGACGUCGCUUGGAUUUCAAAUCCACAGUUACCUGCUGCCCUUGCCUCCCCCCUCCACCCGGCCCCACCCGCAGGGGAGGCAAGAUUGUGGUCGGCCAGAAUCCAAAAUCUGCUUGCUUCUGCAUAACGUUCCCCACUCCCAGAGCCGACAGUUGAAUCGCAUCUCAUUCCCAGGGUGGGGAACGGGCGUCGAAGACCAGAAACAAGGCACCAAGGAACUGGAGAGCUUUGCACUUCUCCAGAAAGGGGCCAUCGGGUCCCUCCCCGCCGCCUCCAUCCCCUACCUGCACUGGGACAGCUUCCUCUCACUGAAACAGAGAUGCCCCCCCUUGGACAAACUGCCUACGUGCUUGGUUCUGAGGCCUCUUAAUUCCUAUACAGACUCCUCAGACCUUAACCCUUCUCCUGAGCUUUCUUUACUGCACUGGAGUUCCAACUCCCUUCGAGUUGUACGGGGGGGAGGGAGGGUUCCGGGUUUUGUUGUUUGUUUGUUUGUUUGUUUGUUUUUCCUGCUCGUUCGUUCGUGUUUGUUUUUGUUCCGGCUAACUGGUGCAUAUUCGGGUGCCGCCUUUCACGUGUGGGUCCCUCCUGACCACCAUGGGAAGUGUCUGCCAGAUUCCGUUUUCUAAGAGUUUCCGAGGGUGAGGCUCUGAUUUUUUUUUUUAAGGGAGCCAAUCUAUUUCCUGCACUUCAAGAAGAAUCAAAAUGUUCCUGAAUUUCAAAUACCUCAUGCAAAAAUGUCUCCUGAAAUAAGGGAAGGAAAAAAAAACACAAACUUUGAAAAUCUUAAUGUUGACGUUAGUGAUACCGAAAGGUUUCUGUCUUAAAAAAAAAAAAUCCUUAUGAAUUUUGCCCCUCAGGCGGUCAGUUCUGUGGAGAACUGUGUUCUGCGUUACCUCUUAGCUCUCAAGGCGGCUUUACCUCCAGAUCCUGUAGAGUUAGAGUUAACUUUUUUCUUUGCAGCAGAACUCCAUUUUGAUGAAAGAUGAAUUUGGAUAUUAAUUUCCUCUUCUUUUUGGGAAACGAGGGGUUACAACCAAGACAGCUGAAGGAGAAUCUCACACACACGCACCCACGGAAACAGCAGGGUCCUCUCUCGACAGGCAAGGGGAGCCGACGUGGCUGAGGACGACUGAGGACGACAUCGGCGAUGCUGAGGCUGUCAUUUGUUUUUCUCUGAAGUGCCUGAAGGUAGGAAUGGGCCAGGGGUCGGGGCCGACCGGGCCCCGCCACGGCCACGGCCACGGCCACGCCAGGCAGACUGCCCGCGGCCCUGCUCUCCAUCCACGCUGGCCAGGAAGGCCCUCCACGCGGGAUGACGAGACUGCAAAAAUCCAGACGUGCUUCCUUCCCCGCCGCGGCCGCCCCCCGGAGCCGCUGCUCCCCACCCCGUCCUCCCACCACAGAACCUAAAACCUUUCAGCGGCCGAGCCAGGGCCGGGGGUCCUAAGCGAAUGCCUUCCGUGGACACCGAGGCCCCGCGGCCUAAAGGGCUCCCAGGGCAAACUUAUUCCCCCAAAAACUUGAAUUUGGGGAUGCUGCAGCUACACAUUCCACAAAGUGCUGGCACUUACACCCAUAACCCGAAGGCAGUAGACCGACGUGUAGGGUGGUGACCUCCCAUUACGAACGACGUCAUGGUUUGGAAUGUUCGUUAUCAGCAAGGACCUGGUUGGAGGUAUAAAGACCUUUUUUUCACCGUUACCUAAUUUUUUUUUUCUUACGACUUUUUUUUUUUGUGUGUGUGUUGUACAGCAGUAUAAUUUUUCACUUAUUUAUUCCAUCAGUAGAUAUGGUUUGUACAAUGUACAAUGGUUCCAUUUCAGAAAAUAAAAAAAAAAUUUCAAAUCAUGAA